AUGACGAUCCCCGCCCGACGCAAGUUGGAGGCGGAGAUCGACAGACUGCGAGACGAGGUGCGGGCCUUGAAAGGUCAAAAGGCGUCCGUCGAGCACAAGGCCGGCGAGAUCAAGAAUGAGCGCGACGACCUCUUGCGCGAGAAGCAAGAGUGGCAAGCUCGAUUGUUGGAGACUGCAACAACAAGCGCUACUGCAACCAACGAGCAAAAGGGCGAGUACCAGCGGAGUGAGACUGGGACGCAAACGGAUCUCGUCCAAGUUGCCGAAGAAGAUCAAUCUGCCGCCACUGCCAUGGUGGCCGAGCUGCAGAAUUGGAAACAAUGGUUCGGCGAGCUGAACCAGGCAUACGAAAAAACAAAAGAAACGCUGGGGCGGUGCGACCAAGCACGCCAGGCGGCCGCUGGAGAACGCGACGCGGCAUUGGCACAUGCUGCGAACCUACAAAACGAGGCGACGGAGGUGGUUCGAGUAUUGACGCAGGAGAACGACGCCCUCAAAGAGUCGAUUUCGCAGGCGCAGGUGCAGGCGAACGACCAGGGGUCCCGGAAUAGCGCAGCGGCAGCAGCAGCAGCAGCAGCAUACAAGACUGCCUUUGAGAAUGCCGAAGCAAAGACUAAAGCCUUGGAGCAGGAGCUGAAACACGUCAAGCAAAAGUUCGAGGUAUACAAGACGAGCGAAGUGACGGCCAUCAAGCGGGAGCUGGCGCACUUCAAGAACGAACACAGUAGAUACUUGACCAUGUACGACAACGCGCACAAGGAGGUGCAGCAACUCGAGCAAAAGGUCGGCGGUCUCGAGGGCAUCGAGGCCAAGUACGAAGAAGCCCGUUCGAAGGCGAAGAAGUACGAAAAGGCCGUCCUCGGAGAGGAACAUUACAGAACGAGACACGAUGAGAUGGUCAAGAAGCUCGGCGAUGUCGAGGCCGGCAAGCGAUGGAUGGAAGCGCAGGCCAAAGAGCAGAUCCACAAAUUGAAGGAUGAGCUGCGUCAAGUCCGAGCUCGGUCCGUGGGGGGAGGUGGAGGCGACGGCGUGCAAGAAGCAGAGGACCGAAUGCAAACGACGCCGCCGACGCCAUCGCCCUUGCCAUCGCCUGUUCCUUCAUGGCUGAGAGACGCGAGGUCCCCCUCGCCAGCAUCGACACCAGGUAGAAUGGGUUCUCCCUCUCCUGGUGGUGCUGGUGGUGGCCGUGCCUCAGCAGACCGGGACCGAGCCGGGAUGUUGAAGACGAUCCGCGGCCUUGCGACCGACAAGGCCACCUUGAGCAAAGAGGUCAAGGGGCUCAAGGCGGCCAACGAGGACAUGGAGCGUGAGAUCGGUCGGUUGAGGACCGCCAACGCCGGCCUCGUGGGCAAGGUCGACGAGUUGGAGACGGAGGUCGACGUGUGGAAACAAACCAACGACGUCGACGUCGAGAGGCAGAAAAAGGCCGCCGCCGAGAACGAACAGCGCCUGUGCUGGAAGCAGGCCGAGGUCCACGCCGCAGAGAGCAGGGCCGAGGUGGUAGCUAGCUUUCACGACGCGCUCCGAGCUCAACAAAGCCAGCAAGGGCAAGAGCAACUCGACGAGUCGACGUCGCCUAGGAAGAAGAACAAGCGCGUCGCCAGUGAGAAGCUGGGAGGCACCGUGAAGAAGGGGCUUUGGCAAGAGGAGGAGGAGGAGGAGGAGGAAGAGGAGGAAGUUAGUGAGGAGGAGUAA